GCGUUUAGGACUUCUCGUGCUCCUGCUACUUGUCAUAGUACUGGAAGCCAUUAGCGGGGGCGUCCCCACAGAUAGAGAGUCCUUGAUCUACAAGAUCCAAAAUCCCGGGCUAGUGAAAUUAUUUUCCCACUCUCAGGCAGCCUCCUGGACUUGGAACGAGAUAUCCCAGGCUCUCAUUUUUCACUCUCCUGUUUACGACCAUUCUGCCCCAACAGCUUAUGUUCGGAAAGACUCGCACAAGUUCUACAAAAGCCUAUACAAGCAGAAGAUCCCGCCUGAGCCGCAGGAAAUGGUUCUGACAACCAAAGACGAUCAAAAACCCUACAUUAGAGCCAAUGGAACGUUUGUGUCUAUUGUGCAGGAAGGAGAUAUGGAGAAGCUUCUGAACACAGUGCACCAAGUUGAAGAAACUUGGAAUCACAAUUACCAUUACCCUUAUGUCUUUUUGAGCUCUCAAAACAUCUCAACAGAGUUCCAACACAAAUUGAGAGAGAAAUGUUCGGGCGACGUUGUAUUUGAUAGAAUACCUCAGUCUCUCUGGACUGUCCCUAGUACCACGGACGCUCGGCGUGUGAAAGAAAGCAUGAAGAAGCUAGCUGCAAAGGGAGUCCAGCUUGCAAACGACAUAGAGCACCGAAACAAAAUGCGGUUCAAGGCUGGAUAUUUCUUCAAUACAGGAAUCAUGCGACAUUAUAAGUACUACUGGAACCUGGAAGCCGGUAGUGACUACUUCUGCAAUAUCGACUACGACAUAUUCAAGUUCAUGGAGCAGAACAACUUGGUGCAUGGCUUUGCUAUCUCUUUGUACGACAAUCCUCACGCCGUGGAGACUCUUUGGCCCAGAACAUUGGAAUUUGUCCAACAGCAUCCCGCCUAUGUGGACAACAACGCUUCCUUCACUUGGCUUACGGAGUCUUUACAAAAUCCCGAACACACGAAAAUAGCCAACGGUUACUCAACAUGCUACUUCUCUUCUGCAUUCGAGAUAGGCGACAUGGACUUCUACAGAUCAGAGAUAUAUGCCGAUUAUUUCAGACAUUUGGAAGACUCGGGGGGCUUCUACUACGAAAGGUGGGGAGAUGCUCCUGUCAGAAGCAUUGCUCUCACUCUUUUUGGCGACAAAACCAAAAUCUGGUGGUUCAGAGACAUGGGAGUAGCGCAAGAUCCGUACCACAACCGACCACUGAGCGAUAAGUGUUCUAGCACCAAAGACCCCGCAGGGUACUUUGGUGAAAGCGAGGUCCAGCACGAGAACUGCCUGCCAAAUUGGAUCAGGUACGAGCUGCCCGAGAAGAACAAACAAGCAUAUACGAUCCAAAAUUAAUAUUAUGACAUUUUCGAAUUUGCACGCAAGAUUCGAUUGAUAAAUGUUCCAAAAAUUCCUCUAGCGGUCAGAACAUGGUUCCGUCCACUAGAGAGCGGUCAGUUGAUAGUUUUCAACUAGCAAAAACAUGAUCUCGGACGAAUCCUCACUGAUACACGUAAUGCCCUUGCAUAAGGAUAAAUUCUAAUAGUGCAAUUUUUUCGCCUUAUAUAGUUUGUAUACACGGUUAUGAGCACAGGAAAAAAAUAUUUACAACUUGACUCCGAUGUGAAUAGCAGCCACGCCGAAGGUGAGAUUUUCGUAGCCCCUGCCUGGGACGUAGAAGCCGGCCUCUCUAAUCAUAUUAGCGAAGGUUUCCUGGUUAGGAAAUUUGCGAAUACUCUCGACCAAGUAUUGGUACGAAUCUCUAUCGUUGGCAAUUAACUGACCCAUCAGUGGUAGCAGUGAAAACGAGUACGCCUGGUAAAUGUAAUCAAGCACUUGAUUAUCCACUUGCGAAAAUUCCAAACAUGCAAAAAUUCCGCCAGGCUUUAACACUCUGUAUGCCGUCUUCAAUCCCGCCUGGAUAUCUGUAAAAUUCCGGAUUCCAAACGCAAUAGUGUACACAUCUUUGGAAUUGUCCUCUAUCGCGUCCAUUUUUUCACCAUUCUGUUCUAGAAACUGAAUUCUUGGAGAGUUCGCAUAUGCUGUGGAAAGACAUCUCUUGGCACCUUCUUUGAGCAUGUCGGGGUUGAUGUCGGCAACAACCAUAGUGGACUUAUUGUCUCCAUACUUGAGUCUUGCGUGGUCAAGUAGUCCAAAAGCAAUAUCUCCUGUACCUCCCGCGACAUCCAAGAAAUGAAGCGGCUCCGACGAGUUUGGCCUCAUUCCACAGUCUAAUUUCUCAAUCAGAUGCUUUUUCCAUAACCUGUGUAUUCCCAUUGACAUCACAUCAUUCAUAAUGUCGUAGUUCGACGCAACAGAAGAAAACACACCUUUGACAAGCUGCUCCUUUUGCUCUUGCGGAACAGUCUUAAACCCAAAGUGAGUCAUACUAUCCUUCAAGACCGUGCUACUGGUCGCAAAGUUUCUGGAGAAAGCAUUGACAAGACGCAUAUUGGCUCUCCAAAUUCCCGUCAUCUUGCUUGUAUC